UUGACAGUUGGGGAUGAUGAAGAUUCAAAACUGAAUGAACAGUAUGAAAGGAGAAGAAGUGCUGUUUCCUCUUUUACCGGGACCCGUCAACAUGGGCCGCGUUCGCACCAAGACUGUGAAGAAGGCGGCCCGGGUCAUCAUCGAGAAGUACUACACGCGCCUGGGGAAUGACUUCCACACCAACAAGCACGUGUGCGAGGAGAUCGCCGUUAUCUCCAGCAAGAAACUCCGCAACAAGAUCGCCGGCUAUGUCACGCAUCUGAUGAAGAGGACUCAGAGAGGUCCUGUGAGAGGCAUCUCUAUCAAGUUGCAGGAAGAAGAGAGAGAAAGGAGAGAGAAUUAUGUUCCUGAGGUCUCAGCCCUGGAUCAGGAGAUCAUUGAGGUAGAUCCUGACACCAAGGAGAUGCUGAAGCUUCUGGACUUCGGGAGCCUCUCUAACCUGCAGGUCACUCAGCCUACAGUUGGGAUGAAUUUCAAAACACCGCGUGGAGCCAUUUGAAUCUGUUCUGUCAUAUUUUCAAUAAACCUGAAAACAACAACAACAACAACAAAGGAGAAGAAACCUCUUUUGAAAGAAAGAAUUUUAGGCUUGCAAGAUGGCUUGGCAGGUUAAAAUGCUUACCAUGGAAGGAAGCCUGAUAGUUUGAGUUCAGUCCCUGGAACCCGCGUUAGAAGGAGGGAACCAGUUCUCAAAAGUUUUCCUCUGACCUCCACACAUGGCAUGCAUUCAUAACUGCAUUCACAUAGACACACUAAGAAAUAAAAGUAAAUCCAAGAAUUUGUAUGAUGUUCAUUUUACAAAGAGGGGGGGCUGUUGUACACUCUUCUCCCUCAAAGCCUAGGAGGUUGUGGUAUGUAACAGGGAA